AUGGACAAGGGAGAGCAGAUUGAACGUCACGAUUUUCAUGAUCAUCCCUUGGUGUUGGUUGAAGGCAAUGAGAAUGAGAAAGCUCUUUGCUCGGUGUGCGGGGAAGUGAUCAUAUCAGCCUCAACCUUUAGUUGUGUAUGCUGCAACUUUCACCUCCAUCCGGAAUGUGCCCAAAUAUCCAGUUUGAUUAUCCAACACCCUUUGCAUCCCCAACACUCUUAUCUUUGGCUUAAACCACCACCAGAGCUGCCGAAUGGAGGGAAAGCUUGUGCGAUGUGCAAGGAAACAUGCAAGUUUCGUUUUUAUUCUUGUAUCGAUUAUGGUGAUGAGUUUUGUCUCUGCACCAAAUGUGCUGUGCCUUCUUGUAAUUUGAUUGAAAGAGAAAACAAGUCAAAGUAUGAGUUCAAAGAUGAUGGCCACCAGCUUCCCUUCUUCCUCCAAAACCAUAAAGACGAACUCAAAACAGCCUGUUGCUCAUGGUGUCUAGAAUCCUUAAUGGGUCCCAUUUAUGUUUCUGUUGGUUGUAAGAUUAAACUUCAUCCAAAAUGUUUUCAUAACUUACCCACAGAAACUGCUCACCCUGGCCACCGUUUGCACACUCUCUUUCUUCACUUUAGGGAAAACAAUUUCUUUUGUGAAGUCUGCCAAAAGAAUGAUAGUGAUAAUCUUUUGUAUCGUUGUUUGGCUUGCAAGUUUGAUAUUCACCUUGAAUGCAUUCGACCCAGACCUAUUAUUGAAGCUAACAGGAAUCAUGAACACCAAUUAACCUUGCUUUCUAGAAAUGAUUCCUUCGUUUGUGAUGCAUGUGGCUUCGUUGCUAAGUUUGUUUCCUAUGUAUGUCUUACAUGCCACCUUCAAGUCCAUAAAAGUUGCACUUCGUUGCGGCGGAAGAUCAAAGAUGCUCGACAUGAUGAUGUUCUUCUCCACUAG